AUGGCGGCCGUUCGCGUUGGCGUUGUGUAUUACUCGCAAGUGCUGGAUGGCAUCAACUCGGUGGAGGGCUGCGAGGGAGUGAUGUACCAGGUCGCCGAGACGCUGCCUCCCGAGGUUCUGGAGCGGAUCAAGGCGCUGCCCAGGAGCGACGACCCUGUAAUCAGGGCAGAGGAGCUGCCGGAUUUCGAUGGCCUCAUCUUUGGUGAGCCGGCAGCUGCCCAUCUUUUGCAGCACUGA